UCACCCUACCUUUCAUGUGAACUGCAGAAAUCUUGGAGACACGCGGAGCAGCAGUGUUCUUCCCUGCACAAAACAAGGUUUGUUACAAUGGAAGCUUUGAGUAAAGCAAACACAAGCUUUGCUCUUGACUUUUUCAAACAUGAGUGUCAGGAAGUGGGCGACAAGAACAUUUUGUUCUCCCCUUUGAGUAUUUCAUCUGCCCUGGCUACUGUUUAUUUGGGAGCCAAAGGUGACACUGCAGAUCAGAUGGCAAAGGUACUUCACUUUAACAAAGUUGAAGGAGCCAGAAAUGUCACCACAACCAUAAAAAUGCAAGUCUAUUAUAGAGCGGAAGAGCAUCUAUCAAAUCGAUCUGCUUGUUUCCAGAAGACAGAAAUGGGCAAAUCGGAUAAUAUCCAUACUGGUUUUAAAGCACUCAACUUUGAAAUCAACCAACCCACUAAAAAUUACAUGCUUAAAAGUGUCAACCAGUUAUAUGGAGAAAAAUCAUUGCCUUUCAACAAGGAAUACUUACAGUUAGCCAAGAGAUAUUACAAUUCAGAGCCACAAUCAGUUGACUUUGUGGGAGCAGCAGAUGAAAUCAGGAGAGAGAUCAAUUCCAAGGUUGAACACCACACUGAAGGCAAAAUUCAGAAUCUACUGCCUCCUGGAUCCGUAGAUUCACUCACCCGGCUAGUCCUGAUAAAUGCACUGUACUUCAAAGGAAACUGGGCAACAAAGUUUGAAGCUGAAGCAACAAGGCAAAGGCCUUUCAGAAUAAACACGCAUACGACUAAACCAGUGCCCAUGAUGUACCUGAGUGAUAAAUUUAACUGGACCUACAUAGAAUCCGUCCAGACUGAUGUUCUUGAGCUUCCAUACGUUAAUAAUGACCUCAGCAUGUUUAUCCUGCUACCAAGCGACAUCACCAGUCUACGAAAGCUAGAAAGAGAAUUGAGUUUUGAAAACCUGUCUGCAUGGACCAGCCCAGAACUAAUGGAGAAAAUAAAAAUGGAAGUUUAUCUACCCAGGUUCUCGUUAGAAGAGAAAUAUGACCUCAAAUCUACUUUGAGCAGGAUGGGGAUGCAAGAUGCCUUCACUGAAGGUCAAGCUGAUUUCACAGGAAUAUCAGAGAACAAUGAUUUGUUUUUGUCACAAGCUUUUCACAAGUGUUAUCUGGAAGUCAAUGAAGAAGGCACAGAGGCAGCAGCUGCCAGCUCAGCAGCACUGGCAUCACGAAGUCUUGGUGCUGCUGUUAUUUUUGUGGCAGAUCAUCCUUUCCUCUUCUUUAUCAGGCACAACAAGACCAAGAGUAUCCUCUUCUUGGGAAGGUUCUCUUCCCCCUAGAAACAUGACCAUUACUAAACAGGCUCUUGCAACAACAAUAAUGAACAAAAUACCAUGAAGAGCAUCUGAACAGUCUGUGCACUUCUUAAUUUUCCUGCACUGUUUUCAAAUCUCUCAGAAAGUACAUGUUAAAAAUAACCCGGAAUUCACACCUCUGGCUCAUUUUCCUGACCAAAGAACCUGAAAGUGGUAGCAUGAUGCUAUAAGCACCAAACUGUACACAAAACAACACUGAUGCAUUUUUUCAGUGCUUUCUGAACCAGAACUGCCACAAUGCAAAACAGACUAAGUUGAUCUAAACCAGUAAGUCCCAACGCACUUGCUUUGGUAUGUAAGAAGAAAAAACCAGGAAAAACUCCUCUCUGCAGAAUGCUGCUGCAUCUCCGUCAGUUUCAGCUCACUAAGCUGGUCAUCCCAGGAGGGCUACCUCAUCCACAUUCUUGUCAGUUCUGUACCAGGUUUGCAGCUUGGCACAGCUGGUAAUGAAAUA